GGCAGGGUCGGCUUCGACCCUUCUCUCAAAUAUCAAUUACAAAAAUGGAGAUAGAAGGAGAGGAGGGGUCGAAAAUUGAAGUGGGAAUAGGUUCAAAGGCCGUCUUUGGAAGAGGCUGUGGUUUUAACACGAAAGACCGAAGGGUUUCUCGUCGUCACGUUAUAUUUGAGCUCGACGACAACCAAACGGUUUCCUUUCAAGUUGUAGGAAAGAACCCAAUUUGCGUACGAAGUGGUGAAGAAAACGUUAAGAUAUUUAGAAGGUUGCAGAAGGGUGUGGUAGCAGCUGGUGAUUGGUUCUGUAUUUCAAGUCAAAACCCUGUUCGGUUCCGUUUGAAAAGGAGAAUUGGAGGAAGAAGGGUGCAAGAGAGUGACAGUGGAAAUUGGUAUUCUGAAAGAUUUGAUCUUUCGAAGAUUGACCCUGUUAAAGAAUUUGGAUUUCUUGUGAUUGGGCAUGAAUUGGAUUGCUAUCCUAAGCAAAGGAUAAAAGAUGCAAGGAGCUGGGAUUGGUUUCUUGAGGAACCUGAGCAAGAUAGUGAGCGUGGGGAGAGUUUUGAGAGAAAAAAGAAAAAUGGGAGGGGAAAGAGGAAGAAGAAAGUUGGAGGGAAUGAUGAUAAUUAUGGUGAUGAUUGGAGUGGUGAGAGUGAAGACGAUGAGGUUGUUGGAAAAAUAAUAAAGGUUGACAGACCAAAAUAUUCAACUAGAUCAAAGGGACGAGACAAACUACGUCAAGAUACAAAAACAAAGAGAGUUUCUGCAAGGAAAACUAAUGAAGAUGAUGAGACACUAGGGGCCUUUAUUGUUGAUGAUGACGUGGAGGAGGGGGAACAAGGAGGAGAAGGCGAUGAAGAAGAAGACGACAUUGUUGAUGAUGAUGAUGAUGAUGAUGAUUAUCACUAAUCAUUUGAUUGCAGAAUUUGCAAUGGAAUGAGCAGAUAUUUUUUCCGAGAAUUGCUCUAAAAAUGGUCAGUUGCCAACUUGCUGCCGUCUCGUAGUAGUAAUCUGUGUUGUUCUAACAAACUAGCUUCUGCUCUUCGUAUUUUGUUGGUUUAAAUCUGAAUUGUUUUAGUUGUAAUAUAUGUUGCUCUUAAUCUGUAA